UUUGCAGAUGCAAUGGACCAAACACUCAGCAGCCAUGGGAUCCAAUCACCUAAUCCUGGUGUUCUUGAUCUGGGCAUCCGUCUUGUACCUAUCUUCGACUUCCAAUCUUCCCAGCAAGUACUCAAUCGUCGGCGGGGAGAACCCGGAGAGCUCGCUGCUCUCAGAGAGCCGGGUGCUCGAGCUGUUCCGGCGAUGGAAGGAGAAGCACAACAAGGUGUACAAGCACGCGGCCGAGGCCGAGAAGAGGCUGGAGAACUUCAAGAGGAACCUGAGGUACGUGAUCGAGAAGAGCUCGAACCUCAAGUCUCCGACGACUCCUCGGGUCGGGCUGAACAAGUUCGCGGACCUGAGCAACGAGGAGUUCAGGGAGAUUUAUCUGUCCAAGGUGAAGAAGCCGGCGAGCAAGAAGUGGAACAGCAAGAACAUUAGCUUGAAGGGAAAGAUGAAGACCUGUGACGCUCCUUCUUCCCUGGAUUGGAGGAACUAUGGGAUCGUCACUGGUGUCAAGGAUCAAGGAGAGUGUGGAAGUUGCUGGGCAUUCUCUUCCACAGGAGCCAUGGAAGGAAUAAACGCCCUGGUGAAUGGAGACCUCAUAAGCCUCUCGGAGCAAGAGCUCGUAUCCUGCGACACCACCAACGAUGGGUGUGACGGAGGUUACAUGGACUACGCGUUUGAGUGGGUCAUCAACAACGGCGGCAUCGACUCCGAAGCUGACUACCCUUACACUAGUACUGACGGCGAGACUGGCACUUGCACUUACUCAAAGGAGGAGAACAAAGCGGUGAGCAUUGAUGGUUAUGAAGAUGUGGCUGAAUCAGACAGUGCUCUUCUCUGUGCUGUUGUUCAACAGCCAAUUAGUGUGGGCAUGGAUGGAUCAGCAAUAGAUUUCCAACUGUACACAGGGGGGAUAUAUGAUGGUAGCUGCUCAAGUGAUCCUGAUGACAUUGACCACGCAGUUUUGAUAGUCGGGUACGGCUCCGAAAACGGCGAAGACUACUGGAUAGUGAAAAACUCGUGGGGCACCGAUUGGGGAAUCGAUGGGUACUUCUAUAUCCUGAGGAACAGUGACUUAGAGUAUGGUGUUUGCGCGAUAAAUGCGAUGGCCUCUUAUCCCACCAAGGAGUCUUCCCCCUCGCCAUCUCCGACCAGCCCGCCGUCCCCGCCUUCGCCAGCAACACCACCUCCCCCACCCCCACCUGUGACGCCACCACCGCCUCCUCCUCCUCCUCCCUCACCCUCGCCGAGUGAAUGCGGAGACUUCUCUUAUUGCCCCACCGAUGAAACAUGCUGCUGCAUUUUCGAGUUCUUCGAUUACUGCUUGAUCUACGGUUGCUGUGAGUAUGAGAAUGCAGUUUGCUGCACCGGGACUGAGUACUGUUGCCCGAGUGAUUAUCCCAUCUGCGAUAUCGAUGAAGGACUCUGUCUCAAGAACGCAGGAGAUUACCUGGGAGUAGCAGCAAAGAAGAGAAAGAUGGCGAAGCACAAGUUCCCCUGGACCAAGAAAGAAGAGACCCAGAAGACGUACCAUCCUCUACAGUGGAAGCGGAACCAAUUGGCCACCGCGAUGCGCUGAAAGCCCGUGAAUCGAAGUCAGGUCGUAUUUCCUAGAGCUUGAAGAUUGUUCUCAGUGUUGGUGUUUCAUUUUUCGCCCUAGGCGGGCAUUCUUUUGUUCUGGUCUUGGACACACUUUUUCAUAGGUUCCACGUCUGCACCAAAGCACACUCCCAGAAGAAAGAAAGCAAAACAAAUGGAAGAGGAAAAUCGUUUUUUUCCCCUCUCUGAAUGAUGUAUCUGAAACAAUUUGUUCUCUGAUAAUAGAUCGUGCUUGAUUGGUGGCGUCUUCAAGAAUAAUGAUCCGAGUUUCCAAUGUAAACAUUCCAAAGGAUCCAUUAAUGCAAUUCUUAUACCGUACUUUGCAACAA